AUAAAUGUCAUGAUGACAUUUUGUAUAAAAUAACCAAAACAAUAAAAGAAGCACAAGUGCAUUUAGCAGUUGUAUUAAAUCAAAUCAUUAUGCAGGGUUCUGAUUAUAAUUCACACAGAUUAGUACACCUAGACCUGAAAGGUGCUCCUCCAAAAAUAUCUUAUUUUGAACAGCUUAUUCCAGUUUUACGAAAUUGGGGUGCUACCGGCAUAUUGCUGGAAUGGGAGGAUACUUUUCCCUAUCAUGGUGAGCUGAUUGAACUAGGCUCAUUAUCAGCGAGUUCUCAAGAAAAUGGAUUCCCAUACACUGAGGACAACGCUAGAAAUUUAAUUUCGAUUAUUGAAAGCAAUGGUUUAGCUGUUAUUCCUUUGAUCCAAACUUUUGGACAUAUGGAAUUUUUGCUGAAGCAUGAAAAAUGGUAUAACUUAAGAGAAGUUGAUAAAUAUCCUUCUUCAAUAUGCCCUUCACAUCCUGAAACAUUACCGGUGAUUAAGAAAAUGCUUGAUCAAAUUAUUUCAUUUCAUCAAAAUUUACAAUACAUCCAUAUAGGUUGCGAUGAAGUUUGGCACUUAGGAUUAUGUCAAGACUGUUCUAAUGCAAGUGAAGACAAUCCUCACAAAAAAUAUUAUUUAUUUUUAAAUCAUUUGGUUGCAGUUGCAAAUUAUAUUAAAACGUUUCAUCCUAAUAUUACAAUUAUCAUCUGGGAUGAUAUGUUGCGUUCCAUACCACUUGAAAUUUUGAAUAAGUAUAAUAUCGGCAACUUAGUGGAACCUAUGGUUUGGUGCUAUUUGCCUAAAGAAGUAUUCAAUAUUGAUGGCCAGUUAUUAGAAAAAUAUCAUUCGGUGUUUCAACACAUAUGGAUUGCCAGUGCUUUCAAAGGAGCUACAUCCAGUUGCCAAAUAAUACCUGAUAAACUAUAUCAUGUGAGUAAUCAUCAAGCUUGGCUUGAACAACUUACAAAUUAUAGUUCAAUUAAGUCGUCUCUUCGGGGUAUAGCAUUCACCGGAUGGUCGAGAUUUGACCAUUAUGCUACAUUGUGUGAACUAUUGCCAGUUGGAUUGCCAUCACUUGCACUAUGCAUGAAGACAUGGAUAAAUCGAGGUUAUUCAUCAGAAGUCUUAGAGUUUGUUGAAGCGGAGUUGGGAUAUCAGAAACAUUCACUAAAACUUGAAUCAGGUGACACAGCAUGUGUGAUGCAGCAUUUAAAAUUUCCAGGAAGUCAAAUUGCUAUUUGCAUGGAGAGCUUGUUCAAAAUUCGUCAUAGAGUGAAUGCAUUCUUAUUGAGCGAUUUAAUACAAACUUGGAUGAAUUCUUGGCAAAUAGUACACAAUUAUACCAAUCCAAUGCAAUUGGAAAGUUUAAUGCCUGUGAUACAUAGUAUUCUGUAUGAUAUUCAGGGUAUUGAAAACGACUUAUUUAAUAAAUUGAGUGAAGUCUUUUACCAUCCUACUGUUAGAGAAGUAAUUGGUACAUUAAUUGAACCGAUAAAAACACAAGUGUUAUUAUUGAAACAAAAUUGUUAUACACAGCUUAAUCUUCCUCCAAAUUGUAGAGCAUUAAAAUUAUAAUCUAUGAUUCAAAA